AUUCGAAAGGUCCGAGCCCUAACCCUAACCUCCUCCACCGAUCGCAAUCCUCUCUCUCUCCCAAGUCACCAACUUUUGAUGGCAACUUCACCCCAAUCGACCACCGCCGCCGCAACCGCCGCCGCCGCCACCGCCGCCACCACGAAGACCACCGUGACGACCCUCUCCUCCCUCUCCCCCGCCGCCGCGAUCGACGCCUCCCUUGCCAAGCGCCACAAGGCCUCCCCUUUGUGCCAGGUCGAGUCCGACUCCACGAUCUCCACCGACGACAGCUCCAACUCGGCCGCGAUCGCCGACAGGAAGAGCGGCGUCCGGGUGGUGCGGAUCUCCGUCACCGACAGCGACGCCACCGACUCCUCCAGCGACGAGGAGGUCGAGGAGCGGUCGAAGAAGUCGUCGCAGCACCAGCCCGGCCGCAGGGUGAAGCGCUACGUCAACGAGAUCAGGAUCGAGCCUCCGCGGCCGGAAUUCCAACCAAUUGCGGCGGCGGCGGCGGCGAGGAGCACGGCGGAGACCGCGGGGUCGAGGAAGUACCGGGGCGUGAGGAGGAGGCCGUGGGGGAGGUGGGUGGCGGAGAUAAGGGACGGGAGGCUGAGGCAGUGGCUGGGGACGUACGACACCGCCGAGGAGGCCGCCAUGGUCUACGACAGGGCUGCGCUACGCCUCCGCGGGCCCGACGCCCCGACUAACUUCUCCAAGCAGGAAUGCGGGCUCUCGCAGCAUGCUGUUCUGCCUUUUAAGAAGAACAAGCUGUACAGAUGUUGUGCUUGAUUUGAUUCGAUCCUUUCUUUCCCUUUUCGGAUUUGUAAUUAUGCUGACCGGGGAUUAGGUAGAUCGAUUUGGUUAUGCACUACUACUUGUUUCAUGUACAUGGUGUCUCCCGUGUGUUGAUGUACACAUGGAUUGUUGUAUAUGGAUGGUGUCGUGAGUUCUCCUUUAUUCUGUGCAUCCUUUUAUCUUGGUCUCA